AUGGCAGCCCAGGCCGCUGAAGCAGUGUCGAUGGUGGCUGCGGUCGCAGAUGAGCCGCCGCGGCCGACCUCGCCUGCGCAUGAGACCGAUGAGGAGCUGUACGAGUUCGAAGACACAGUAGAGGAGAGGCCCGAUGCGGCCAGUGAGAAGCCAGAAGCAAAAGCACCGGCGACGGCCGACGAGCCAGAGGAGCGAAUCGAGGUUGUCGAGAAACCUGCCGAGGAGCGGAAAGAGCCGCUUUCCGAAAACCCUGACGAUAAGCUGAAUGCGCAGGCAGUCGAGAAGGCAGAUGAGAGGUUAAUGGAUGAGCCAGUCAAGCCGGCCGAGAAGCUAGAUGAUAAGCUUGUCGAGAAUGCUGUCGAACCUGUCGAGCCUGUCGAGCAUGUCGAGGAGCCGAUCGAGUACCCCAUCGAGUACCCCAUCGAGAAGGCUGUCGAGCAGACGGAUGCGCAAGAGGUUGAGCUGCCUAUGGACAGUCCAGUAGAGAGCUCGACCGAGAAAUAUGUCGAGAUACUGGAUGCGACGCCAGACGAGAUGCAGGCGGCUCCAAAAGACAGCACCGAGGAGCCAAUCGCCGAGUCAAUCGAGCUGCAUGAUAAGCUAGAUGUCAAGCCUGUCGAACCUGUCGAGCAUGUUGAACCUGUUGAAUAUGUUGGGCCUAUUGAGGAACCGAUCGAGAAAGUCGUCGAGAAACUGAAUGCGACGCCAGAGGAGAAGCAAGCGGCUCUAAGCAACAAAGCCGAGGAGCCAAUGGCCGAGUCAAUCGACGAGCCGGUCGAGCUGCUUGAGAAGCUAGAUGAUAAGCCUGUCGAACUUGCCGAACUUGUCGAAUCUGUCGAGGAGGCCGAUAAGGAACCGAUCGAGAAGGCCGUCGAACAACUAGAUGCAGCGCCAGAUGCGACGCCAGACGACAAGCCAGCGACUCCAAAUGACAACGCCGAGAAGCCAACCGAUGAGCCAGUCGAGCUAGUCGAGCCUGUCGAACCCGUCGAGCCUGUCGAAUCUGUCGAGUCUGUCGAACUCGUCGAGGAACCGACCGAGAAGGCAGCCGAUCCUAUCGAGCCUGUCAAGCCUUUCGAGGAACCGAUCGAGAAGCCUAUCGAGAAAGUGGACGCGACGCCUGCGACGCCAGCCGAGAAGCCAGUCGACGAGCCAGCCGAGCCGGCGACGGCCGAUAGCAAGCCCGAUCCAUCAAGUCGGCCAGCGUCGAGCUCGAACUCGGCCGAAGGCCAUGACGACUCGGCCAGCGACGAGCAGCCGUCUGCGCCGAGAACGAUGCCGACCAGUCCAGAGCCGAGCCAGACGGACGAGUCGGAGUCGCCGUCAGCGUCGUCGGCGACGAUAGCGGCGACAUCAGCCGCGUCGGCCGUAUAUGCGGUGCUGGUGUCGCCAUCGGUGUCGCCGUCGCCGUCGCCGACGCCAAUGGGGCGACUGAAGACCGGCAUGGUGGCCGAGGAUGAGGACAUGAGCACGCUACCGGACCCGCGCAAGCGGGCGCUGACAGCCGGCCAGGGAGCCUCGUCGCCGGGCAUCGGCAGCCGUCAGUACAGCGCAGACAGCGUGGCAUCGGACGAAGUGACGACACUGAGCACGAAGCUGAUCGACGCGAUCAACUACCAGAGCACGCUGGGCGACACGCUGUCGCGCACGCGGAUGGAGCUGGCAGAGGCGCGGGCGCAGAUCCAGAAGCUCGAGGUGGUGGCCGAGCGGCAGAAGGAGAUGGUGACUGGCGGCGUGUGGGUGCGCAAGGCGACGAUAGAGCAGGAGCGGGCGCAGGAGCGGGCGCAGUUUGCGGUGCGGGUGCGUGAUGAGCGGCGACGUCGCGACGAGGCCGAGCAGGCCAAGAAGAAGAUGGAGCAGGAACUCGAGGCUCUAACGGCAGAGCUGUUUGAGCAGGCCAACAGCAUGGUGGCCAUGGCCAAGGAAGAGGCCCGGCGCGAGCAACUGGCGGCGACACGGCGCCACGACAACCUGCGCGCACAGCUGGCCGACACUGAAGGCCUCUUGCGGUCGCAGCAGGAGCAGCUGGCCCAGCUGAAGCAGGUCAUGGAGGACAUGAUCACCGAAGGCGCAGCUGCCCAGGCGGCCAUCGAGGCCAACGCCCAAGCCGCUCAGGCCGCUGCCCAGGCUUCCGAGGAGCAAGCAGCACGCCAGGCUUCCGCCAGCCGACAGGCCGGCCAUGCUGCAGAUAAGCUCGGUGGCCGGGGCGGGGCUGCUGCUCGGCGCGAUUUCGACGGGACCGACACGGACGUCUCGGAAGACGACGCCACAGGUUCAGCCACAGGAUGCUCAGCCACAAGUGGCUCAGCCACAACGCCUGCAGUCGACCCCCCCUCGCUGCUGCCACCGACUCCGCCGUCAUACCCGACCAGCUUCACCCAUCUGGUGCGGCCGGUCCUGCGGUUCGACACGGCAGCCUAUGCCGAGUUCCUCGACCUCAUCCGUGGCGCACAGGUGCAGAUGCUGCACCAACACCAGCAGCAGCUGCAUCAGCAGACGCUUCUGCCUCACGCGCGGUCGCCAUCAUCCAUCUCGAUGCCCAGAACACCGCCGAUAAUGGCCAGCAGCAGCGACCUGGCCGCCACGACGCCGCCACCAUCAUCACCGGCACCCACAGCGUCGUUUGCAAACCCAUCGCCGUCGCUGCUGUCGGCCAUGCCGGCAGCCAUCAUGGGCAACGGCGGCAGCAACGGCAGCAUCCCGUCGCCAAGCAGCUCGUUCUCGCAAGCCGGCACGCAGCACGGAUCCAGCGGCCUGAAAGAGACCAAGUUUUACAAGCGCGUGCUGGUUGAGGACAUUGAGCCGGCCCUGCGACUGGACACGGCCCCAAGCAUCUCAUGGCUGGGCCGCCGCGGCAUCAUGUCGGCCAUGCUGGAGGGCACGCUGGUGGCCGAGCCGAUGCCCAGCCUUGGCGGUCUUUCGAAUGGCUCGACCCAUUCGUUUGCCUCGGCCGGCGGUUCAGGAGGCUCCGGGCCUUCGCCGUAUGGCGCGCUGUCAGCCAGCGGCUUCUCGUUGUCUCCGGCCAUGGCGGCUUCAGGCUAUGCUUCGUCGUCGUCGUCGUCGUCCGUCACCAUCUUCAGUCCAUGUGCGCUCUGUGGCGAGAGCCGACGGGAAGAGGCCCAUCUGCGACGACACCGGUUCCGGUUGACAGAAAGCGACCGGAGCCCGCCAUAUGCGCUGUGUGGCUACUGUCUAGGCCGUGUGCGAGCCGUCUGUGACUUUCUCGGCUUUCUGCGCAUGAUCAAAGAUGGUCACUGGCGUGCCGACGACGCCAACGCCGAGCACGCUGCCUGGGAAGAGGGUGUGCGUCUGCGUGAGCAGAUGUUCUGGGCUCGCAUCGGUGGCGGUGUGCUGCCUGUCGGCACGCUGGCCGCCGAGAACGCCAGCAGCAGCAGUCGUGUUGUCAGCAGCAGCAGCUACAACAACAGCCUUGCUGGUCGGCACUCGCGCAUCGUCAGCAGCCAGGGCCUCGGCAUCACGGCCACUCCGCCAGCAGCAACGACGACGGCAGCCGCGUCCAUGGCUGAUUCAAUGUAUGCUGCGUCCUUUCACUCGGCUCGGUCGCAGCAGCCGCCAGUGCCGCAACUGCCGGCUCGGACCGUGCUGUCAUCUUCCAUGGCCGCUCUGGUGGCCGGAUUUGGUGGACAUGUCGUGUAG